ACGGGGUUUCACCACGUUGGCCAGGCUGGUCUCAAACUCCUGACCUCGUGAUCCGCCCACCUCAGCCUCCCAAAGUGCUGGGAUUACAGUUGUCAGCCACCGCGCCCGGCCACAAAUUGUUAAUUAUUAUAACUCUGUAAGUUAAUCAAAAUAUUAACUUACAAAGCAGUCCAUGAGUUUGCUCUAAAGUUAUUAAUGCAUUGCAUACCUUAAAGAUUGUUGUCGAUGUUGUUUUAUGAAAGCUAUUCAGUAAAGAGUUUAUCUGGCUAAAAUAGACCCAAUAGAAAAAUUAAAAAGUAAAUAAGAGUUUAACUAGUAUAUCAGGUGCCAGGAACUUCCCUAGCCCUUAGGUGCGUAACUAGCAUUAUAUAGUGUUUGUGGGAAUCAUGGGUGAGCAUUAAGUACGAUCAGCAAAAAAACUAUGGAUUGAUGGUAAAAUUUAAGAGGAAAAUAAGAGAAAGGAACCAAACUCAGGAAAAGCAAUAUACCUGAAGAGUGAUAAAGUAUCACAUAGUGCCUCACAGACCACUUCCUACAUGUUGAAUAGGAACCUCUUUCUAGUCUUUCUUCAUAAUUCAUUUCACAGCAUACCAUUUAUUAAGAUUUUUUAAAUGCAACUCAUGAUGAAUAUAAAUUGUGAAAAGUUCAGACUUUGUAACUUUAAAUGUCUACCAGAGCAAGUCAUAGUGAUGGUAAAAUAAUAAGUAUUCAACAUCAAAGUUUUUCUGUAUUACCAUUCUCCUUUAUAUUCAUUGACAACUUCUGAAUUAGAAAAGUCAAUCUGAUGUCUUGUAUCUUCUGCAGUUCAGCCAUUAUUAACAGAACUCAAAACAUUUGAGAUUCUCAGCUAAAUUUUGAAGCCUGUUAAAUUUGAAGUUGACCUGAAACUUUUGCUCAGUGAAUUACCCCUAUUUUAUUUAGGGUUUUUGCCUAUUGCAACUGAUUUUCCUUUAUCCACAGCCAUUCUACAUAAUGUUAUGCAGUGUUUGGUUGAAUCCUUAACACUUUUCUUCCACCUUCCCUGCCUGUAGUUCGUACUUUUUACAGUUUGGGGUUCCUGUGUGGAUUUGAUUUGCCACAUUCCGGGACCUCAUUGCAAGUGAUUCUGUUCCCCAGUUUGAUGAUGUUCAAAGAAGCAGGUAAGUGAGAGCUGGGGCCAGAUACAAGCAGCAAGUCAGAACUUUUUUAUUUGAAAUUUUUAAAAAAUUUUUUUGAGGGUAAGAAAGAUCUUGCAGUCUUUUAGGACCACUGCCCUAACAACUUCAGAUAGGAUAGCUGUAAGUAGAAAGAAGCUAGGAAUGUGGAAUUGAAUUUCCUGGAUCAGCUGCAAUUACAAGGAGGAUAGGAGAAUUGUUGAGCUGAUUCUUUUCUAUUUUCUUUUCCUAGAAAUAGUAUGUAUUUUUAGUCAUUAACUAAUAUUUUGGUUUUGUUUAAUAUCCCAGAAGCAUUUAAUCCUCUCUUAAACAGAUAAAGUGCUCCUGAUGACACUCUCACUCAGAGAGUUAUCUUACCCUUCUUUCAGGGAAAGUGAAUUUUACAAGUUAAUUCUGCAUGUUUCCCCUACAACUGAUUUCAUUCUGUACCGUUAAAUGGCCAUUUAUUUUCUCCCUUCUACUUAAUCCAAGAUUGGACAUUGUUGAGUUUUGUUUGAACAGUGUUUGUUAUGCUAAAAAAGGACACCGGGCCUGGGGGAACUCAUCCUGUGUCUAGAUCAACAAACAGAACUCCAGAGGGUCCUCUGGUUCCUCCCACUUGGUUGGAAAAGUGCUUACCCUUUCCAAUCAAAUAUUGACUUCUGCACUAAUCCAAAGGGGUUUUUUUCUGAAGCUGUAAACAGAACAGAAAUACUGCCUUGCGUGAGAGAAGUCUAGGAAGCAGUAGGUUUCCUUUUUUGUCAGCCUGCCUGGCCUUUACUUGGCUAACACUUGGGAGUGUUGACAGUCCUGAGCCCUCUUGGCAGAGAACAAAGGUUAGAAAGAAGCCCUCAGGCAGGGGAACAGAUCCCUCUUUGCCUCAUUAGGGAGAAUUCAGCCUUGUCUGUCUGAUUGGCAGGGCACACUUAAUCACUGAGACUCAGCAUUUCAGCAGUUUGCAAAGGAAAGUGAUAUGAACGACAGCUGCAAGUAAGCCACAACCUAGACCUGAAGAGAUCAAGCACUCAUUUCACUUGGAGGAAAGAGGGAAGGAAGCCGAGGACUUAGCAGGGUAUCACUGGACAGGCCAUGGCUCCACGGUCCCGGCGACGAAGGCACAAGAAACCUCCCUCAUCAGUGGCUCCCAUCAUCAUGGCCCCAACCACAAUUGUGACCCCUGUGCCUCUGACCCCCUCAAAACCUGGCCCUAGCAUUGACACACUUGGCUUCUUCUCCUUGGAUGAUAAUGUUCCUGGCCUAUCGCAUCUGAUCCUUCAAAAGCUGAACAUGAAAAGCUAUGAAGAAUAUAAGUUGGUGGUAGAUGGGGGUACCCCUCUAUCAGGCUUUGGAUUUCGAUGUCCUCAAGAAAUGUUCCAGAGGAUGGAAGACACAUUUCGAUUCUGUGCUCACUGUAGAGCACUCCCUAGUGGGCUUUCAGACUCCAAGGUUCUCCGGCACUGUAAGAGGUGCAGAAAUGUCUAUUACUGUGGUCCAGAGUGCCAGAGGUCAGACUGGCCCGCACACAAGAGGGUUUGUCAAGAGCUUCGUCUUGUGGCUGUGGACCGUCUCAUGGAAUGGCUUCUGGUCACAGGUGAUUUUGUCCUACCCUCAGGACCUUGGCCAUGGCCACCUGAAGCUGUACAGGACUGGGACUCCUGGUUUUCUAUGAAGGGGUUACACCUAGAUGCUACACUGGAUGCUGUGCUAGUUAGUCAUGCCAUGACCACCUUAUGGGCCAGUGUAGGACGGCCAAGGCCAGACCCGGAUGUCCUGCAGGGAUCUUUGAAGCGGCUGCUGACAGAUGUCCUGUCACGGCCCUUGACUAUAGGUCUAGGACUUCGGGCCUUGGGGAUAGAUGUUAGGAGGAUUGGGGGAAGCACAGUGCAUGUGAUUGGUGCUUCCCAUGUGGAGACAUUUCUUACUCGCCCAGGGGACUAUGAUGAGCUUGGUUACAUGUUUCCUGGGCACCUUGGACUCCGUGUGGUCAUGGUGGGUGUAGACGUAGCUACUGGCUUUUCACAGAGCACCUCAACUUCACCCCUGGAACCUGGCACAAUUCAGCUUAGUGCCCACAGGGGCCUCUACCAUGACUUCUGGGAGGAGCAAGUAGAGACCGGGCAGACGCACCAUCCAGAUUUGGUGGCGGCAUUCCAUCCAGGUAAGAGUCAUUGGUUCAGGGGAAUAGAGGGUGGCUCCCCUGAGAAUUUUCCAUCCUGAAUCUUCUAUCUUCUGUCUUUGGAACCCCAUUCAUUUGGUCUCAUUAAACACAAUAUGAUGACAACUUUUCCUGAUCAUUUGCCAUAUGUACUACACUUGGGUUUAGAAUUUUUCAUUGAAGAGUAGAUGAUGAUGAUGAUGAUGAUGAUGAUGAUAGUAAUGAUUGGGGAUAAGCAAGGUGAGGGAUGGGGUGCUCACAGUCAAAGAAAUAUCUUGCUCUUAGGGUCUGCUUUAGUCUUUCCCUAUUCCCAUUUUCAUUUUUGUUCCACAGGUUUCCAUUCCUCUCCAGACUUGAUGGAGGCUUGGCUGCCCACCCUGCUGCUACUUCGUGACUAUAAGAUUCCUACAUUGAUUACUGU